AUGGAGUCCAGGAACAAUACGAGAACUUCAGAAUUUCUUCUUCUUGGCUUAUCGGAUGACCCAGAUCAACAGCUGCUCAUAUUUGCACUCUUCCUCUUCAUGUACCUGGCCACUGUGCUGGGGAACCUGCUCAUCAUCCUGGCCAUCAUCUCGGACAACCACCUGCACACACCCAUGUACUUCUUCCUCUCCCACCUGUCCUUUGUGGAUGUCUGCUUCACCUCCACCACAGUUCCAAAGAUGCUGGUGAACAUCCAUACCCAGAGCCAGGUUAUCACCUAUGUUGGCUGCAUCAUCCAGAUGUACAUCUUCUUGGUUUUUGCAGAACUGGACAACUUUCUCCUGGCUGUGAUGGCCUAUGACCGCUAUGUGGCCAUCUGUUACCCCCUGCACUAUGCGGCCAUAAUGAACUCCCGGCUCUGUGUGCUGCUGUUUCUGGUGUCCUGGAUCAUGAGUGUCUUGCAUGCUUUGUUACAAAGCUUAAUAGUGUUACAACUGUCCUUCUGUACAGUUGUGAAAAUCCCCCACUUUUUCUGCGAGCUUAAUCAACUGGCCCAACUCACCUGCUCAGACAACUUUCUGAGUGAUCUGGUGAUACAUCUUGCUCCUGUCCUGCUGGCAGCUGCUUCCCUCAGUGGUAUCCUUUACUCUUACUCCAAGAUAUUGUCUACCAUAUGUGAAAUCUCCUCGGCUCAGGGGAAGUGCAAAGCAUUUUCUACCUGUGCUUCUCACCUCUCCAUUGUCUCCUUAUUUUAUAGUACAGGCCUAGGUGUGUAUCUCAGUUCUACUGUGACCCAAAACUCACACUCCACUGCAAGAGCCUCAGUGAUGUACAGUGUGGUCACCCCCAUGAUGAACCCAUUCAUUUACAGUCUACGGAAUAAAGAUGUGAAGAGAGCUCUGGAAAGGCUCUUCAGAGGAAAAGUAUAA